AGGAGAGCUUCACAAUGGCUCACUUGAGAAACGAAGAAGAAUGGAAACUUUAUGUUAACUACAAUUGGAUGGCCAAAAGAUAUUUCAAAGUCAUUAUUCCAAUUACAACGUCCGCUGCGUUUCUGUAUUGGUUCAAACCGAUGCAAUUGCGCCUCAUUGCUGCUUUACGGAAUGAGACAGUGCCUUACACUUUGGCUUAUCGAGUCCACUAUUUCUUCGAAGUUAAAGAUGACAGAACUUUUUAUCUCAUUUGGUUUUACGAUUUCCCUACAAUGUGGAUUCCUCCAUGGUAUGCAUCGACAAUUGGCUUGUUAGUGACUCUCGUAUAUCACAUAAGCGGACAACUGUCCGUUCUCUCUUUCAGAGUAAGAAAUCUCAGCUCGAAAGAUUUUAAAGAUGUCCAGAAUACCAGAAUAAUUUUUCGAGAUCUAGCACAGACUCAUCACGAUAUUCUCGAGUAUGCUUAUCAUUAUUCACACUUUUUCGACGAAAUAUAUCUUUACGAAAGAGAUAAAUACGAAGGAGCUAAAGACCUCUUCAGAUGGAUUGAGCAUUUCUAUGAUUUACUGGGAACGUGGCCAUUACGAUCGAUGAACGUCAGAUUCACUUUGUGGACCAUCUACAUAGUUUAUUAUUUAAUUUCGGCACAGAUCGAUUUAUAUUACGUAUUUGGCGAUUUUCAACUGACGGUCCAAAAUCUUACGGAAACUGGACUCAUGGUAAUGAUGUUUGUGAAGCUGAUUGUGGCAAAAGGAUCGACAAAAAAUCUAGGAACAGUUAUAGAACUGACGACCAAAUCUAUUGACCCGAAACACUUCAGAAAUGUAGAAGAAUGGGAACUUUAUGUGAAUUACAAUCGGAUGGCCAAAAGAUUUUUCAAAAUCAUGAUGCCCAUGACCAUAUUGGCUUCAUUUAUGUUUUGGUUUAAACCGAUGCAACUACGCCUAAUAGCUGCUUUUCGAAAUGAGACCAAACCGUAUCGUCUGGCCUAUCGGGUUCACUAUUUCAUCGAGGUGAACAAUGAUAGAACUUUUUAUCUCAUUUGGUUUUUCAAUUCCCCUUCAAUGUGCAUUCCUCUAUGGUAUGCAGCGACAAUUGGCUUGUUAGUGGCCCUCGUAUAUCACAUAAGCGGACAGCUGUCCGUUCUCUCUUUCAGAGUAAGAAUGCUCACCUUGAAAGAUUUUGAAAACGAGCAAACUACCAGAAUGGUUUUUCAAGAUCUAGCACAGACGCAUCAUGACAUUAUCGAAUUAGCAAUGAGUGUCAAUGGUGUGUUCGGAAUAACUUUAUUGGAAGAGCUUUUUUUCUCCACCGUUCUAAUAGGUCUCUCGAUCUACGCAACGUUAUUGACCUUCGAUGUCACAAACGCUGACGGACUUUUCCAGUGGCUUACAUUUGGCGUGUCAAUGCUUUUGCUGAUAUACAAUUGUUGCUCUGCUGGUGAAUAUUUGGUAACUGAAAGUACGAAGCUGUGCACAGCGUACUACGAAUGCUUGUGGUACGAUAUGCCACCCUCCUGCAAAAAGCAGUUGAUAAUAUGUAUGCUCGGUGCGAGCAGACCGAUCCAAUUGUCAGCCGCCGGCUUCUAUGAUUACUCAUUGUUUCUCUUCAUCAGUAUUGUUAAAACUGCAGGGGGCUACAUUUCUUUGCUACGAACAAUGACUUUUAAAGAAGGAUGAUCUGCAUUUGGCUGAAGGUUUUUCAAAGUUCCCCUCAAAAACCGGAGGAAAAUUAAUUAUUAACUUCUGCGUGAAAAGGAUUUAGGAGUCUCCACACUACUUCAAAACUGUCGCUAGAUUGAAGAAAUGAAUUUUUAAUAUCGUCAUAUAUGCUGAAUAUAUUCUGUUAUACCGAA